UAUUAGUAGCGGCCAGGAAAUGGCAAAGGAAGUGACGCGAAAACUACGCGACGCCACAAAAAUCCACAGUCCUGUAACCGCGAGUUUACCGGCGCCGCCGGCACCAAAAUUUGACCAUUAGCGGAGCUUCCCUUCAUAGCGCGGACCCCGGACACGUAACGCACUAUGGAGGAGGAAGACGCUAGAGGCUACAACAAGCCUUGUCCGCAAUGUUCUGAGGUUAACUGGGCAAUAAGUGAUGAGGGCACAUUCUACUGCAAGAGCUGCCACACUGUCAUAGAGAAAACCAGAGAAGUUGAUGAUACAGAAGUAUUUUCAACCCAUGGCAAACUUCAGUCCAUCUCAAGAGGCCUACGAAAAAAGAGAAAACUAGAGAAGGGCUGGGAAUGGUACGUUUGUGAAGGGUUUCAAUUCAUUCUCAUUAAGCAAGCUGAAGCACUGCAGGCUUUGGGAGUGGCUCCUCAAAUAAAGGAUGAAAUCCUAUGUACAUUCUGGAGGCGAUAUCUUCAGAAGACCAAUCAGGCAUAUGUCAAAAGGCCAGUUUAUAGAAGCGUUCUUACUUGUAGAGACUCUGAUAGCAGUGCUACUGAGGUGGAUAGUGACUUAGAAGCUUUUAGUAUAGGCACUUCAUCUGUUUCUGAUGGGUAUACCUCUGAUGCUAGCGGUAGGCUGUCUUUACCAACUGAGGACAUCCCCUCUGCAUCAGAAAGUGCAGUGAGUGUUCAUUCCGGCUCUGUAGAUGGUCUGUCACACGUGAAAAUGAGAAAAAAUUUUAAACCAUGGAACUAUGUUAAAAUGACCAUGCCUAUGACAUUGGCUUUCUGUUACCUUGCUUUGCUGUGGCUGAGAGCUUCUAUCACACUCUCUGAUUUAUUACGAUUUGUUUUCGAAAAACACAUUCCGUACAUAAAUGCACAUCAAUAUCUGCCGGAAGAAAUAAAAGUAUACGGACAUGAUGUCAGAAUAUUCCGGAUGCAGGCCCUUCCAGUUUAUAAUGAUAUCCUGAGCAAGGCUUAUGAACUUGGAGCCUUUUUGGAUUUGCCUCAGUUCCCCCCAAUAACGAAAAACUGUUACUUACACCCCAGUGUUCUUUGCAUGAAGUACCUGAUAGAAGCCAACCUGCCAGAUGAGCUACAACAAUGGACUUGCCAGGUAGCAGAGAAGACAGGAAUUGAUGAUUUCCAUCGCCUGACAUUUGAUCCUGCAUGUAAAAGAGCAAGCCAUAUCCGCUAUGAUGUACAAGCUGUAGCUUUAAUAAUACUCGUACUGAAACUGUUAUUUGCCCUGGAUGAUAACACAGAAUGGCAGUUGUCGAAGUUUGCUGAAAGAAUGAAUCAAAGCAACAAAGAGAAAACAGUUUUCGAUCUACAAAGCUGGUACCAAACUGUGAGGCAGUGCUAUGAGAAAGCCCAGCAGAAGCUGGAGGAAGAAUAUGGCAGGUUCAUGUGGAAAAGUGAUUGUCCAUUGUAUUACUCCCAAACUACUAAAUCUUUGCUUCAGAAGAGGAAACAGAUGUCAGAGAACCUGCAGAGGCAGUUUAGCAAGCUGGCGGGAGCUGCACCUAACACCGGCAAGCAAGGCCCAUCAAGUUUCUUGUUUAAAUGGGAAGAGCAAAACACAGACACGAUUUCUUUUCAUGGACACAGCCUGCAGGCCGUUCUGCACCAAGGCAAGAAACCACCUACACCAAUAAACACACAUUAUUGGUUGAACUCACUGAGGAAAUGUAAAACCAGGAUAUGCCAGCACUCCGAGCUUUAUGAAGAAUCCAACUUCCCGAGGAGCUACCACUUCAUGGUGUGCUUGUUUGCCUUCCUGCUGAGAGUGGAGCACUGUGUCAUCCAUCAUGAAGUGGGUCUCAUAGAAGAACUGUUUUUCCAGGAGAAGAAGAAUAAACGGAAACAAAAGCCCAAAAAACAAGAAAUGACAGACUUUAGGGAGGUCCCUCCAGACUGAGUCAGCAGCUAAUUGGCCUGUGUAUAGGGGCCACUAACAGGUCUGCCCAACUGAUCUCUGGCUGAAAAUUGGGCUUAUCAAUUAAGCAGGUCUCUUCCAUUGGGCGUCCAUAGACCUCCAGCGUAUGAUCCAAUCACUGGCCAAAGCCCCUGGCCCUACGCGUGACUCGGCCAAAUGAGCCACUCAUGGCCAUUGUAUUUCUUAUUUACAGUGCCAGUCGGACAAAAGAACUGGUAUCAUGAGCCUUUGCCCCCCUUGGUUCAGACAUCCCUAAAGAUUAGGCAUGGCAGAUACCAACACUGAUAUUGAAGCCUUCAUUCAUGUGUAUGUGAAACGUGCAGAGAAGGGACCCUUUUUUUUUUUUUACAAGAAAAGCCUAUCCUGUUAAUAAGAAGGGAUUAUACUGUAUUUAUUUUUCUUUCAGCAUACAGAGCAAUCAUGGAGCUUAUUGUGUAAUAAAAUGGAUAAAGUUGUGGGAUUCAAAAGGGGGUUUGAAAAUAAGUCUGGCAAUCCCUGAGCAGUUUAAGAAGAAUAUAUAGUGAAUAAAGUACC